AUGAGAGGACGCGUCGGUUUGUUCGCGCUUCUUGCUAAAUGCGUGUCGGGAGCUUACGUGCAGUGGAAAGACUGCGAUGAUUACACCCCUGGCCUUCAUGGCAUCACCGAAGAAGCAAGUCUAUCGUCCAGUCUGGUGCAUAUCAACGGGACACAUGACCGCUUUUCUUUCACUAUUAGCCGCUUGCUUGAGAUAGACGAAUGUGAGCGUUGGGUUACCGAGAUAACAACCAUGGACAUCGCCCUUGAUAUGCUAGGAGACUCGAGUGUUCAUCAUCCUACUAUUGAUAGAAAUUGUCACACAUUCCCGCCACCGUGGAAUAAAUCUCGCUUGAGCCUUACGGCAGCUGACGACAGAGAAGCUUUUCAUCCCCUUUCCACCUUCCACGUCACGAUCCAUUUAGCUGGGCUCGAUGCUGAAGAAAGAGGCUGCAUGCAGGCCAAUGUCACCCCCGAGUUGAGCCCCCCAAUUAAAGCCGCACUGCGGUUUACUCCAUCGUGUAUCCUCAUUUUCGUUCUAUGUGUUGGCGUCGUUAGGUCAGUACGCGACAGUUCUGCCUCAACGGAAGAUGCUCCGCAACCAUUGCUCCCGGGAUUUGCCGACUGUUUGCAGUAUCUUCAAUUUAUCUUUCUCACAGGAGGUCUGAGCAUCUUCUAUCCUGGCUUCUAUCAACCAGCUGUGAGCCGCCUGGGAUGGACGUCACUCUUCGCGGAUGGUUUGAUCACGCACGGGUUCACUUACCACGGCAUUAACGAUGGAAUCUACGAAAUUAAUGGCACGUAUGGUGGUACGUUUGGAUUGGAGUUGAUGACGCAGAUCGUCGGCGCUCCGAUGACCAUGGACACUUGGUUAAAUAUGGUAAUCCUCAUCGUGUUUAUCGCAUUCGUUUCGGCAGUCUGUCUGGAGGUCUAUCGGCUAUUGAAACGACCUCCCAAUUCAGACACAGGUUUACGCCGUACGUUCGUGCGGACCCUACACAUCAUUCUUUCCUACUUCAUGUUGCCCCUAAUAGCACUUUCAUUCUAUCAAAUUGACUGUGUGUCUUAUCUUCCCGCCUAUCACAUCUCUCUCGCCUUUCUCCUCAUAGGUGCCAUUAUUAUGGCAUUUGCGUGGCUACUGUUACAAAUUCCGACGCGAAGUCUAGGCGUUUUAAUAUUCGACAAUCGGAACCGAUACCGACAAUUGCCAGCGUCAGAUACUUCUGGGAAAAAGCACAAGUCAUUCGUGGUAGCUCUCUUUGUGUUAGUCUUCAUCCGCGGUGUUGCUAUCGGGGGUCUCCAGAUCUCCGGCCUGGCACAACUAGCUGUCCUAGGAGCCUGUGAGCUUAUUCUGCUUGCCUGCAACGUACAGUUCCAGGCUUACAGCCUAUUCUCCAUCGGAACAGUAUCCGCUGUCGCUCGACUUACCAGCUUGGCCAAUAUGGUAGCGUUCGUGCCUGGAGUAGCAUCGGAUAACGCGCGAAGUGCUAUUGGCUAUAUAAACUUGUCUAUACACAUGUGUGUGUUGAUACUCGGCUUCUUUGCUCCAGCUGUUAUAGACCUGGGAAAGGCGUUGACUGAGUGGUGGAGCAAACCUACUCCUGAGGUCUACAGUCUGAACCAGCUUCGUCGGCGACAAGGUUUAAGAAUUAACUUGCCAGAUCGAGAAUCUACGCAAGAUCCAUCUGUUGAUGGUUCUGUUAGAGAUGAUAUAUCUAGAGAUGCAGGCGCUACACGACAAUCAAAACGGACCGUAACAAAUCACUCACCACACAGUUCCGCUUCGAUUUCAAGUCCAAACUAUUAUCGACCGCCGCGACACUCCCAAAUACCUUCAAUUGACUAUCCCGGCCAACAGAACGCAGUACGGUCAUCCUCAAUCAGUACUGAACCAUUUGUAGACGACAGUUCCACGGAACGGUCAGAGUCGUCGCUUGGGGCCAGCUCUUCUAACUCGAAUAGAUCCUCGUCGCCCUCAGAGGUAAACACCAGCAGCACCGACACCAGGUGCUUGCAUCCGCGAUGGACUGACUACUCCUUUCGCGAAUCAGACCUAUACUACGGGAUACCGAGGCCUGCGCCAACGGAAAGAAUCUCAAAUGAUACUUUACAGCCACCUACACCCAGGUCUUCACCGCGGUCCUUUUCUCCAGCAAACUUGUGGGGAAGGAUAUCGAGGGAGCCAACCGUAACGGAGAGGGGGUUUUCUGUUGUUCGGCCUAAUCGUCCACCCAACGCAUCUAUUCAAUCCGAUCAACAACCGUCGGGUUCUUGA